AUGGCAUCCCAAAUCUUCCAACCCCUCCAACUGGGCACCAUAACCCUCAAUCACCGAGUGAUAAUGGCACCACUCACCCGCCUACGAUCUGACACCUCUCACACCCCCCUCCCUAUCUCAACAAAAUACUACGAACAACGCGCCUCCGUCCCGGGAACACUUCUAAUCGCCGAAGCAACCCAGAUAUCUCCCUCAGCAGGCGGCAUCCCCCACGGCCCCGGAAUAUGGAGCGAAGACCAAAUCACCCAAUGGAAAGAAAUAACCGCUGCCGUCCACGCCAAAGGAAGCUUCAUAUUUUGCCAAUUGAUUGCUCUGGGUCGGGCGGCUGAUCCUGCUACACUUCGGUCGGAGGGUGGAUACGACCUGCUCGCUCCGAGUGCCAUACCAAUGGAGCCAGGGAUGAUCAUCCCCGGAGAACUCAACUCAGAUCAAAUCGAAGACAUCAUCCGACAAUUCGGUGUCGCGACGAAGAACGCGAUUCGCGCCGGUUUUGACGGGGUUGAAGUUCACGGUGCGAACGGGUAUUUGGUUGAUCAAUUUUUGCAAGACGUCAGUAAUCAACGCAAUGAUAUUUGGGGCGGAAGUAUCCCGAAUCGCGCCCGCUUCGCGGUCGAGGUCACAAAGGCACUCGUUGAUGCCGUUGGUUCUGAACGGGUCGGAUUUCGGAUCAGUCCGUGGAAUACGUGGCAGGGAAUGAAGAUGGCGGAGCCAGGUCCUCAAUUCGCGUACUUGGUUGAGAAAUUGAAGGAAUUUGGGCUUGCUUACCUUCAUGUUAUUGAGUCACGGGUGAUCAAUAAUGUGGACUGUGAGAAAGGGGAGAGUAUUAGGUCUCUGCUCGAUAUUUGGGGACGGACGGCGCCGGAGUACGCCAAUAAUGAUGUCGCUGUUGUUUUUGGUCGUCACUUUAUUGCGAAUCCGGAUUUGCCGUUUCGACUUCGUCAUCGGAUUACUCUGAAUCGGUACAAUCGUGAUUCCUUCUAUAGCCCUAUGCAGGAAAACGGGUAUGCGGAUUAUCCAUUUAGUGCCGAGUUUUUGGGUUCGCAGUAG